AUGACUAAACUGCAAGAAAAUAGCUGCUUUGUGUUCCCAGCUUUUAACACAAACUACAAAACUAGAAAGAGAACGUUCCGGUGCUGCCGUACGUGCCGAAGCAAACGCACAAAAUGCAUUCUUCUGGACUAUAACUACGAUAAGUCGGGCUGCGAUAACUGUCGCGCGGCCGGCGUCAAGUGUGACCUAAUAAAAGCUGAUCAGCUGCUGGAUCAGCCACCCCAAAAGCUUCAGCGCGGUCUGUCGAGGACUGCCGUUCCUACCAAGCUCGAGCCGGGCGCUCCGGUUGACCAACAGGCGCCGUCUGCGGUGCCCGUCUCCAACUUUGCAUUCUACAAUCCAGUGCCGCCGCCUCCGCCUGCGGGUGGGCCUCUGGGAAUGGCCGUGGCGGCACCACUGUAUGUGCCGGUGCAGUUUACAAAUGCUCCGAUGGUUCCUGUGGCUGCUCUUGGUCCGCAUCUGCAUCCUUCGUUGAGGGCGAUAAAAAUGGAGACUUCUGAUGUGGCCGUGGCGCCUAGCAUUGAGCCCGAGUUGAAGUUGUACUCGCCGCUGCUGCUGGCGCAGCCGCUGCUGCUGCUUCUAUAUCCUACGUUUGAUCCGAAUACGAACUCUGCCAUGCUUCUUCCACAAACACAACCUUCACAUCCGUCAGUUCCCUCGCAUCCCUCACACCAUUCACAUCCUCCACCGUUCAUGCCCAACAUGUCAAAUCCACAGAUGCUCCCGCCUCCAGACAUUGUAACUCCGGCUUAUCCGGUAGCUGUAGCGCCCACCUACAUCCCUGCCCCUAUCAUUCCUCAACAGCUAAAUGAUGCAAAAACGAACGUCAGUACUCCUAGAUACUCUCGUGCGUCUUCUUCGAACGCUUCCUCUACUAUGCCAUACAAUGACUACGGUAUUGACAUGCUCAAAGAGCCACUAAGAAACUUCCACUUCACGUGGAACAACUUGGACUUUGUCGACCAAUUCAUCGACAAAGUCGACCAUCAUUUCUUGAAGCAUCAUUUUGACUUUAAUACUACCCUCCAGAGAACCAAGGUUACGUUCAGAAGCUAUCAUGCCUCGGAUCGUCUCCCUUCGGUGGAUUUGAUGGAUAGUAAGCUGGUCAAAAGAAUGACCGACGACUUUGGCGAACCGGUGGUUAAACAUGUAAGCCCUGCGACCGCAAUUACACUCGUUGAACUGAACCUUCAACACUUCAAAUUUCUUCUUUGCAUACAUGCGUUCACUUUGAACACUCCUGGUUUUUUCGUGAUUUCUCACUCUGACUUGAAGAAAUUACUCGAAAUAUACUUCUACAAGAUCAACUCGAUUUUCCCAAUGGUCUUCGAGGAGGAGUUUUGGGAACUUUUCAAUCGAAACAAACUCUCUAAUGUUAUGCUAUACGCUGUUGUGCUCAAUGCGGCAAGAGACGAAUUGGCGGAACCCAUCUUGAAGCGAGCUUUUGUCAACAAAGACCAGGACUUUUCCGUCAAUUGUAUGAACCUCUACAACAAACUUGACAUGAAGAUCCGUCAGCUUCUCACUUUCUUGCCUGAAUUGGGUGAUGCCGAGAAACUCAAUCGCCUUGUCACCCAGCUUCUUUUAGCUCACGUUUUCAAAUACAACAAAUUUGGUAGUGAGCAGAGCAGUGGCGACAUCACCGAUUGUAUUGGCUAUGCCCACUCUCUAGCAAUCCAUCAAGUAUUUUUCCACGAAAAGAUUACGAAAUCCGGUGCUGGCAAGAAAUCGCAAUAUCUCAAACAGCUCUGGUGGAUCCUCUUCAUCUUUGAUCGAUUCAAUGGUCUUCUCAAUGGUAAAGCAUUUUUCAUCAGACGUCUUGACUUCAACAUUGACCGGCCAGUGGAAACGCCACAUCUCAAUAAGCUUGUUGGUCUAGCAUAUACACUUGAGGAUACAACUAUUGCAAUUUACCGAACCAAGAGAAAAAGCGAUCCUGACGCUACACCAAUACAGCCUGAUAAAGCUCCAGACGACCCUGACUUCAAUCCCAGAAAGAUUGUGGAGGACGAAUUCAAUCUUAUCAACGAUCCAAGCUACAAUAGAAGAAACGAAAUAAGCGGGGAGGUGUUUGACUCUGGACAUCUUCCCAAGAUAUCCAUAGAUGUCUACCGAGGGCGGAUUAUCUUUUUCCUUGAGCGAUUGAUUAGAUUUUGGGUCAUUCUCAUUUUGAGAUUGAGUCAGAUCAAAGCCACUCAAGGAACAUACGAACAAGAUAGUUUCUUGUCACAAAUGAACGUUAGAAUCUUUGAGUCAUUCCGAACCCUAAGAGGCGAUCACGGCCACAAGUUAGUUAUCUCUACGCCCAUCAUACCGCUGGUUCUUCUCAGUGCCUUUUCUUCGCCUAUAAAAGCACAAAUGUUGGGCCAAAAGGCUAUGAAUGGUUUCAAGAAACUAGAGGGCCAGCCAUUGGAGUCGUUUAAGCUCACAGAAUUCUAUCGCCGGGAGUUAGAUCUCUUCUCAGAUAAAUGGUGGUUUGUGCGCGAGGUUCUCAAUACCUUUGAAAAGUUGCAACAACAAGUGCGUACGUCGAAAACUCACGAGCCGAACGCCACUCAUCACAGCAAACGUGUCACAGAUAAAUGUUCCAUUGGCUCGUUGUUGAGCGCGGUGGGCGAUGCAGAGACUGUCCUCCCGCUGCAGCUGUCGAUAGCCUCACCUGGAUUCUAUGAAGACGUAAUUAUCAAAGAGGAAGAGGACGAUGAGGUAGAGGAGGAGGGUGCUGAUGGAAACGAAGGAGACGCUGUGGGACUUACGAAUGGUACUGCUGUUCAGGUGCAAUCUGCUCUUCCUUCUGCUGCAGAGGAUGAUGAUUGGAGCACCAGCAAAGCAUUGAGUUCAUUGGUUUCCAGCUCCCAAAUGCCUAGUCCGAUGAGAAUGUUAUCGGCUGAUGAGGUGAAUUUCGAUAUCUCUGACAUGGCCGAGAUGGUGAACAUGGAGUUGAGUUUUAUACCUACGGUGAUGGAUUUUUUCAGUGUGCUGCACAACUUCAUUUGA